CUUUAUGUAUAGAUUAUCUAUAUACGAUACUCAAUUCUCUGAAGAAGCAGCAGUUCUUAAACACUAUGGACUUGAUAACCUUAAUCCGGAAUAUUGGGAAGAAGAGCCAGAUAACCGUAAGUCUGUGAGAUAUUCGAUGAGUGAUUUUAACAAUGGUAUUGCUGGGGAUGAGUUGAGCGAUGAUGUUGACCCCCUUGGUUUAAAAAAAAGUGUUUUAGGCCAAGAUACACCUGGUAAAUUUGGUUUAGACGAUUUCGAUAAAGAGAAAUUGCAAAUUUUCGUUGGCACUAAGUCUUUCAAUCCGAAGUUUUUUUUACAUAAAGUUCACAACGAUACUCCUUAUGCGGAUUUAUUGAGAGGAGCAAAAUUUUUAAGAUAUACUUUGGAUCAAAAAUCUGAAGAACUUCGUAGUUUGGUUCAAGAUAAUUUUGAUAGAUUCGUGAGUGCUAAAAAUACAAUAGAUACUGUUUAUGGUGAAAUGAAAGCACAAAGUUUAAAUGCUGAGAGUGACUAUGGUGUUAGUAGGUUAAACAAAGCUUUAUCUGAGGCUAGUGAUAGGGCCGAACAAUUGUUUGGUCCGGUUCUAGCUAACAGAAACAAAGCUGAAAAAAUUCGCAGCACUUUGAGUGUGUUAGAAAAAUAUAAAUAUUUCUUCAAUUUACCUAGCAAUCUUAUGGAUUCUAUUAAACAGCAAAAAUACGAUGUGGCAAUUAGGGAUUAUAAGAAAGGAAAGGUUGUGUUAGAUUCUACCAUGGGAGCAGAAGGAGCUGACACCAAUGGAUCAGGCAGUUAUUCCUCGGAAAGAGAAUAUGAUGAAACUGCACUUUCUGUUCAAUAUAGGAGAGUUUUUGAUAAAGUUUGGUUAGAAGUUGAUAAAAUCAUGGAAGAGAUGAAAGAUCAGUUAUUUGAGCAAUUGACUGAACCUUGGAGGUCAAUGGAAGAACAAGAAAAGACUAUAAAUAUUCUGCUAGAGCUUGAAACAGCAGAAGAUCCAGUAUGGCAUUAUCUUGAUAGUCAAUAUAAAUUUAUUAUAGAUCUCCUCAAAGAGUCAUAUAAAGAACAGUUGAGCAAAAUAGAAACUUUGAAGGAAACACUUCCAAAAAAUUCCAGUAGUGAUAAGGAUUUGGCAAUUCGACUCAAAAAAUCAAUUAGAAAUGUCAAUAUUAGAGACUUCGAUUCCUUAAUAGCUGGAAAAGAGAUGGAUGUGCAAAUGUGGAAAGCUAUAUUAGAGAUUGUGAAAUCAUUAUCUGAUUUACUUCUAAGAUGUUUACCAGACUUUUGGAAAUUAAGUAAGUCUUUUAUGGAUGGAAAAUUCCAAAAGAGUCCUGCAGUGUUAAGUGCCAAUAAGCGUAGGCGUCAAGGAAUGGAUUUACGAAAAGUAGACCAAUGCGAAAAAAUGGCAAGUGGAGUUAUAGAGCUAUAUGCUUCAUUUCUAUCAGAGCUCUUUGCUCUUUCACCGGUGCCUAAUGAAAUACCUGAUACACCAACUAUUAAAUAUGAAAACCCGUCAUUCGUUCCACUUCAUUCUGAUUCAGUAACUACUUGUUACUUUUUAACAAGAAUUCUUAAUGAAAUGAAUGAAUGUGUAAAUGAUAUUAAUUCUAUAAAUAUGGCAUCUGAUGCCUCUGGCACAUUAUCUCAAUUAAUGGAUCAAGCCAGAUGGCGUUUCUUAGAAGUAAUAUGUCAAGCGUGGAAUGCAGAUGCGAAGAAUUUCUAUUUGCUUGAGGACUGGACUCUUGAUCAGGAUAAUCGUGAAAUCACCAAUUUUUUGCGCAAUUUUCAUAUUUUUCACAAGUAUAAUUCCCGCAGUGCUUAUAAAAUCGCAAGUCAAAAUUAUAUAUCAGAUAAUGAUAACGAUAAAUCAUCAACAAUACCUGAAAAUUAUUUGUUUAAGAUUAAAGAAACUUUCUUAAAUUCUUUGUAUGCUUAUUUGGAAGGUUUAGUCCAUCUUGUUUUUACAGAAUAUACACCGCUUGAACCUGUUGUUGAAAGAGAACCUACAGAUAUUAUUCACAAAUCAAGGAUUGAUCCAUCCCAAAUGGAUUCAAGAAUAUUGCUUACUAUUAGUAAUCUUUCUAAUCUCAAACAAUUAAUGAUACCAAGAAUUGUAAAUCAAUUUGAAACCGCUUAUAAAUGUAGCAUGGCUGAUGAUACUCAAGCACUCAAUACCGUUGUUGACCAACUUGAUGGUAUUUUAUUUGAUGAUUAUAUAAAACGUAAAACUGAAAUUGUUCGUAAUAUUAUUAUAAAUGGAAUUUUAUCAAAUGAAAUUGAUUGGUCUAAUAUAUCAAAACCUGGAGAAGUACAUUCCUUUGUAUAUGAAGCUUUAUUAUCACUUGUACUUGUUCAUGCGCAAAUUAGUGAUAUUGCCAAACCUUUAAUUAAUCGUGCAUUAACAGCAUUAUUGGAAUCUAUGGCAAUCGAUUGUCUUGAAGCUUUUCAAAAAGUAGAAAAAUUCAGUUUAGGUGGAAUGUGUCAGGCAACACUGGAAAUUGAAUUUAUGAAUCAAACAUUAUCACAAUAUGUUACACCACAAGCACAAGAAACAUUACAGAUUAUUUAUACGACGAUUGAGCAGUUAUAUGAUACUACAUCAGGAACUGAUCGAUUAGAUUCUGAAUUGAGUAGUGUGAAACAAUUUUUGGUUGAUGGUAGAAAAAAUACAAGUUUACAGUUCUUAUGUUUUAAGAAACCAAAAUAAAUUAAAAACUUUAUCUUUAUAGACUUAUACAAUAAAUUAAUUUAUUUUAAUAUAUUUUAUAUAAUAGGUUUUAAUGAAAUUUUUAGUUUUCUUUAUAUUAUCGUUAGCAUAGAAAACAG